CCCAGAACGCACAGUCUUCGGUCUCGAUGGUCAAGACUCCUCAACUUCGAUUGCCUAGAAGAGAUUCGUUGCAGUCUGAUGGUGUUUCGCAGAUAAACAACAAGAGCAAGACACCGCUGCCAAUCAGAGCUGAUGCCGACGGUCAUUCAGCACCACCUGCACCCAGAUCUGAUUUGGCUGCUCGUCCCAGAGACCCUGCGCUCAGACCUGCCACUGAUGCUCGUUCGGAUCGACCUACACCUAAACCUCUUGCUGGUGCUCGCUCGGGUCCACCUACACCAAAAGCUGCUGCUGAUGUCCGUUCGGCACUCUCAUCAAGACCCCCUUCUGAUGCCCGUCCCGGCACACCUGCAACCAAACGUGAUACUACUGUUCGCUCGGGCUCAUCUGCAUCCACAAAUGCUUCUGAUACCCGUCCUGCCCCACCUACACCCAGAUCCGUCCCUUCUCGCCCACCACCAAUCUCUACGACUGGUAGAAACCCACUUUACAGCAUCGAUGCGGCUCGCAGUGCUCUCAAGCCUGCUGGCUCAAUACCGAACACGUCUAUAUCCUCAAACAAUGCUGGAACUUCGUCGUCGGUAAAGGCUUCUCCUGCAGUGGGACACAAGCUUCCUGCACGUCCUCAGCAGUCGGGCUUCCAGAACAGACCUCCUCGUUUCUAAUUGGGCUGUACAUUGUGGUAGCUGUGUUUGUCGGAUGAGCAGGAGUUUUGGGAAAGCAUGGGUUGUUGCAUGCGUUGAGUCCGCGGUAUCGGAUGACUUUCAAUCAAGGACGCGUGUGUAGCGCAGGCGUCACGCAACCGGUUGGUCAGUUGAACUGUGCCGGAUGAACGAGACAUGGAAGACUAUCAAGGAACGAGCUACGAGAAGGAUGAGAAGGAUGAGAAGGAUGAGAAGGAUGAGAAGAUCGAGAACAUGGAUGAGAAUGAUGAGAAAGGACACGACAAGGGCACGGGCAAGAGCA